AUGGAUCUUAACAAUUUCCGAAGUGAUUCGAGUAGUGACGACACCGACGAUGAUCUCGAAACACCUCAUUAUGAUGCUGACUCAAAAGAUACACCGGAAUUCAUAAGGGAGCCAACAAGACAACAUAUUUUAUGUAGAAAGCGACCAAUGGAAGGAAAUUCAGAUGAUGAACAGGAAUGUUCUAAUUUAGACACGACCUCAGAUCAGGAAAAUGUUUCAACAGAUUCGGACUUAAUUUCAAAAGUGAAGUUGGAUAUAUCAUUAUUU